AUGGACUCAGGGUACUCUGGGUGCCCCGACGGCACUAUGGUUGAAGGAACGGUCCAAGAUCGUGCAAGACAAGUCAUUAAGAACCUUGAAGCAGUGCUGGCUGCUGAGGACAUGACAUUGAAGGAUGUGGUGAAAGCGACCAUUUAUUGCACGGAUUUUGAUAAGAAUUUCCCUCUGGUCAAUCAGGUGUGGAAGGAAAUGAUGCCUGAGCCACGGCCCACCCGAAUGUUCAAUGGGAGUUACUCAAUUGCCUCUAAACACGGAUGUUGA